AUGUCUUUCCAAGGCUUCAACUUCGAACAAGUCGAAGCGAACGGAGAACUCUCCGACAGCAUGGCUGACCUGAUCGGAUUCAGUUCUUCCAACGAAGAAGAAGAGGAGGAGGAGGAAGAGGAGGUCGUCGAACAGCUUUCUCGCCCUGCAGCCAAGGCUUUCGCUCAGCAGAAAGGUGGAGAUGAUGACGAUCAUGAAGAGGAGAUUCUUGAUCUUGGUUUGGAGGAAGGGGAGGAUGAGAUUGCAAGCGGUAAUGAGAAUGAUGAGGAGGAUGACAAAGUCACCAAAGUAAAGGCAGAUGUAUUGGAAAACCCGGCCAGGAAGCAGGUGAACAAUGAAGAGGAUGGAGGAAGCGAAUAUGAGGAGGAAAGCGAUGAUGAAGAGCAGCCAAAGGUGACGGAAGUUAAAAAAGUUGCUGUGGAGAAGCCAGCCGUACAGCAGAACAGUAAGGAAGAAAUCGAAGAGAGCGAGUGUGAAGGGGAGAGUGAGGAUGGAGAGCAGCCGCAGAUUGCUGAGCCUCCGAAGCCAGCAGCUGAAGAGGAGUUGGUGGAGGAAAAACAGACGGCUAGAAGCAGCACCGCUCGUGGCACUGGUAGAGGUUGUGGACGUGGACGUGGUGGUGGUCGUGGUGCUAUUCGAGAAGGCGCAGCUGGUGGUAGUACUAUCACUCACACACCCUCGCCUCUCGCCACCACGGCUGUUGCCAACACUACACCUUCUCCUCGUGGCGGCCGUGGUGGCAAACCUCGCACUGCUCGUGUCGGUCGCGGCAACAAGACCGCCAACACCACCCCUCGGAACAACGUCGAAGCCUCAAUCACUCGGCCACCCUCCGUCUCUGCCUCCACUACCAACACCACCAGUUCGUGCAGCAUCGACCUCAACACUCCCCCCAGCAGUCCAGGCACACCCACGCCAUCCAAACAUCCCAAGCCGCAGAUGAAUGAAGAGUUUUUCAGAUCUCUGGCUGGCAUGCCUAACCCACCCACCAUCCUGACCAAGCCUGCGCCUGCUAGAAAGCGCAAGACUCCCGCCACACCCACCACUCCUGCUGGCGAAGGCGGAGAGAAACCCGACAAAAAGAAGCGCACUCACGUUCGAAAGCCGAAAGCUACACCUACUCCAGCUACUGAACCCACUCCCUCUCCGACUAUCGUGGUCGAGGAAAAGACUCGCACUCCCGCGGCUCCCAGCACCCCGAGCAAAGCGGUGAAAAGGACCAAAGCCAAGCCCAAGAGUGGGGUCUGGACAAGGCAAGAGAUGAUGCUUCUAUUCUGCGAGGUUUAUCCACGAAACUAUGUUUUGGAUUGGGAGAAGAUUGGUCGUAUUGUUGGUCGCGAGCCAGCCGAGUGUCAAGCAAAGCUUCCAUCCCUAAACGCCGAGCUAGAAGUUUUUCUGAACAAAGGUCCAAUCACAGUCUAA